UCUUCUUAUCACAGUCGCAUGUGGUAGCUCGUGAACUUGUUAAUCGGCAUUCGUCAAUUGCAAUUUGCGUUCAAGAUUCUACGUGCGUUUCUACUAUCUCGGUAGAUUUUCCACGAAUCUGUUGUUAUUUUGCGAACCUCAACGUCGGUUACUUCAAAAAUCUGUUCUCGUUUUCGCCUAAAAAACUCAUAAUAUUUACUAAGUGCCCAUAAAAAAAUCAAUAGAAAAAAACCACAUGAAUACAAUACUUAUACACGAACGGCUGUGGUGAUUAUUCGGUCGACUUCCAUUCACUGCGGAUUCUGUAAUUUAUACUCAGUUAAUCAAUUUGUGUAUGGAAAAUUAAUAUACUUUAAAAACAAUUUUAACUAAUUGUAAAACUGAGAGAUAAACUAUUUGAUAAAUAGUUAAAAUAUCUAGACUAUAAUUGGAUGGAUGUAUACUUAAUGAACUUAAUGAAAAAUUACAAUUUUAUGAUAGUUUUUAGAGUGAAAUUCGUGAGAUAAGAAUAUGGCAAGAACUGCGACAAAAAAGAAAUCUCCCAAGAAAAAGCCAAAGAGCAACCAAAACAUUAGGCCAAAACGUAUUACGCGUUCGGCUGCACGUUCCGAAGCUGCUAAUACGCUCACCAAGCUUAUUGCUUUAAACAAUUUGCCUAAAAUCAGCUUAGAGACUAUAAAUCAACCAGGCAUGACAUCGCAUUCCAAUUCUUCCAACCACGUCGAUCCUAAAAAUUUCUAUUUUACGACAAAAAAAGAAGAUUUUCCUAAUAAUACAUUGUCAUAUUCUAGAGGUACUAGUAGUUUUUCCGAUAACGAAAUAAUAGAAAUUCCAGACGAAUCGUUUCCCGAGAGGGCUGAUCAAAAUGCCACAAAAAAAAAUACAACUUCUUCAAACUUACUCGGUUCCCCAGUUGAUGACAUUGAAGUAAUCGAGAUUCUCGACACUCAAGUUUUUUCAAACAAACCAAUCGAGGUGAUCGUCUUAAGUGACACUAGCGAUGAGGAAUGCACUUCAGAUGCAACGCCGAUAGCUCAACAACCUCGACUUCGAGAAAUCGAAAAACCACCAAUUACCAGACGACCGAUACAUGAACGACUCGGUUCUCUAAUUAAUCCUAGUAAACCAAUUAUAAAACCCUACCAGAGUCCUUUGCGUCAUAUUAAGAAGCCAAUAGGAGGAAAUAACGAUCGGUCAGCAAUUUUUUUGUCCGACAAUAACAUUGCAGUUAACGACCCAAGUGGAAACCAUACAAAACUACAAUCGCAGUGGCAACCACUCUUACCUCAAGUGAACACCGUAUCUACCUCCAACAGGAAACUUCGACCAAUAAUUAUUGACGGCCUAAACAUUGGAUUUUCACAUGGAUCUGGAGUGUUUUCGGCAAAAGGCAUCGACUUGUGUGUGUCAUUUUUUGUCGAACGGAAACAUAAAGAUAUUACGGUGUUCAUACCACAACAUCGACAAGGAGCGCUCGGAACAGAAACACAUACUAUUCUGACUGCGUUACACAAACGAGGAUUCAUUUGCUUUACCCCGAGCCGAAAAGUCGACAAUGUCCGUAUGACGUGUUACGAUGACCGGAUCAUGCUUAAAUACGCUUUCGACGUUGGGGGUGUAGUGGUUUCGAAUGACAACUACAGAGAUUUGUAUAACGAAGGUCAAGAGUUCAAAGAAAUUAUAGAACACAGACAUAUUAUGGUUACGUUUGUCAGAGAUACAAUAAUUGUUCCUGACGACCAGUACAACCGUAAAGGAGCAAUUCGAUUACUCUCCGACAUCUUGUGCUAUCCUCCAGAAACAUAAAACAUCUUCGGUUACAGAAUUGAAAGUACUCAAAUCGCUAUUUACAACUGUACAUUUUAUAUGAUUCCAAUAUUGUGAUUGUAUUUAUAUUUUUAUUUUAAUGUGCAACUUUAUUUAUGUUUGUACUUAAAAUUAAAGAAAGAGUUAACAUAGCUGUUCACAAACAAAAUUAUAAUAAAUAAUUAAAAAUGUAUAGGUAAAUUAUACAUUUAUUUUGUUCUCGAAUCAAGACUGAUUAUUAUGUAUGUUAAUUUAUUAAACAUUAAGCUGUAUAAUUACAUGUUAAAUUUAAUUGUUA